AUGGACGCAGAACAGCCGAACACCAUACCCACUCACGAUGACAAGAAACUUCCGAACCAAGUCCAGACAGACGACGAGAAACAAUAUCCACCUUUGAAGGUCAUUCUUCCAGCCAUGUUUGCGAUAUACCUAGCGAUGUUUCUCGUGGCUAUAGAUAGAACAAUCAUCGGGACAGCCGUACCUGCUAUCUCAAACCACUUCGACAGCUUCGGAGAUAUAGCUUGGUAUGAAUCAGGCUUUCUCCUUCCACUGUGUGCUCUCCAGCUCUCGUUCGGUCUAGUAUACACAUACUAUCCCACCAAAUGGGUGUUGAUCAUUCUCGUCUCGGUGUUCGAGAUUGGCUCCAUAGUUUGUGCAUCUGCUCCAACAUCUAACGCUCUGAUCGUCGGGAGAGUUAUACAAGGCAUUGGCGGAGCAGGUAUCUCUUCUGGAGCAAUCAUACUUAUCAGCACGCUUGUUCCUCUCCAAGCUCGACCUAAAUGGACAGGUGGUAUUGGUGCUGUCUUUGGGCUUGCAAGCAUACUUGGACCACUUCUUGGAGGAUAUCUCACUUCAAUCACCUGGCGUUGGUGCUUCUGGAUCAACGCGCCUAUUGGUGGUGUGUCGUUGGCAUGCCUCGUCUUCUUCACGCCGAAAACACCGCCUGCAGUCAAGGCUGCGCCAACCUGGCGUGGCAAGUUGGCCCAACUCGAUCCUCUGGGAUUCAUCCUGAUAGCACCUUCAGUCAUCUGCUUACUCUUCGCCAUCGAGUGGGGCGGGUCAAAAUAUCCUUGGAAUAGUGGUCAAGUCAUUGCCUUGUUCGUCGUCUUCGGCACCCUCCUCCUCGCCUUCAUAGCCUCUCAAGUGUGGCGUGGAGACAAAGCUACACUGCCUCCAAGAAUCCUUCGACAGCGCAGCAUUAUCUCUGCAGCUCUAGCCAGCGUAGGCAUUGGCUCCGUGCUCGUUAACUACGCCUUCUACUUGCCAAUCUGGUUCCAGGUUGUCCAGGGGAAAUCGCCACAAAAGUCAGGCUUGUCGUUGUUACCACUUUUUCUGAGUAAUGUGCUUGCGGUAAUGAUGAGUGGCAUUGCAACGAGCAUUGUAGGAUACUACACUCCGUUCCUGAUUGUCGGGGGCAGCGCCCUGAUCGUGGGGUCAGCACUGCUUACGACAUGGUCAGUAAGUACAGGCGCUGGAAUAUGGAUCGGAUACCAGAUCAUCGCUGGCGCAGGAUUAGGAUCAGUCUUGCAAGGGCCAAAUAUUGCAGCUCAAACAGUCCUUCCAGACCGCGACGUAGCUAUUGGAUUGUCGUUCCUGCAAUUCAUCAACUUCUUCGCGGGCAGCACCUUCAUUACUGUCUCGCAGACACUGCUCGAAAAUGGUCUGGUCUCUAGGCUGAAGGAUAUCUUGCCAAACUUGGACCCAAAUACAAUAUCAGGUGGGGGUGCAAGCGCUAUUCGAGAUAUGGUAUCUCCGGAUCAGCUCCCCAUUGUGCUUAGGGUGUACAACGAUUCGAUCAAAUCAGUCUGGUACUUGUGCUUAGGACUGUCUUGUCUUGUGUUUGUGGCAUCUUGGGGCUUUGAGUGGAGAAGUGUCAAAGCGAAGAAAUACAGUGCCAACGACGCCAGAGCUUGA